AUGAAUUCAACCAUGAAUAAUUCAUUAUUAUUAACAUCAACAUGUUCAUUAAAACUUCGUGUUUAUACAUCAGAUUAUUUAUUUUUUAAAUUCCUUACUGGGAUAUAUUUACGUUUACUUAUUGGUCCAGGUGUAUUACUUAAUACACUUUGUCUUUUUGUUCUUUCACGCUCAAAAUUAUUAAAAAAAUCAACAACUGUUACCUUUUUACGAUUUCUUGCAAUUUUUGAUAUUUUGGCUAUUACACUUAAAUAUAUUCGAGCUGAGCUUAAUUAUCAAUCAAUUGAAAAAAAGAAAAAUAUUAUUUUAAUAACACCUGUAUUUUGUAAAAUACUUUAUGUAUGUAUGAAUGCAUGUAUUUCAAUUACUAUGUGGACUAUCGUUUUAAUGAGUUUAGAUAAAGCUGUGGCUGUCAGUUAUCCACUCAAAGCUGGUAUAUGGAUAACACAAAAACGAGCAUUUUAUAUAUGUUGUUUUACAAGUCUUAUACUUUUAUUUGCUAAUUUAAAUUUUAUUACAUUAUCUAAUGUACUUUCAGCAAAUAAUAAUCAAGGAUAUUGUGGAUUAAUGGAACAUUCUUUAAUAAUUGAUAUUCUUACAGCUUCUAUUUUACCUAUUGCUUUAAUCACAGUUAUUAAUAUUGUUAUUGUUGUCAAUUUGUAUCGUGUUUCUCAUGCACCAUUUGAUUCGUAUACAAAUGAGGAUAAAAUAGAUCGACAACAUUUAUCAAUACAUAUUACAAGAAAAAUAUUUUCAUCAGGUAGAGAUCGUUCUCAAUCACCACAAAAUUCAUCAGUAAUAACAGAUACAAGUCAAGCAAUAAAACGGCGUACAAAUGCACAAGUAACACGAAUGCUUUUAGCUGUUACAUUAUCAUUAAUUAUAUUUAAUAUUCCAAAUAUAAUUAUAUUUCUUCUUACAAGGAUUAAUAAUCCACGACAAUUAUUACAUGGACGUUCAUGCAUUGAAGUUAGUGAUAAUGAUAUUAAAUCAUAUAAAAUUAGUUUUUAUUCAACUGUUGUACAAGAUAUAUUAUCAGAUUUACCACAUAUUAUAAAUUUUUUUCUUUAUUAUUUAGCUGGAAAAAAAUUUCGAAAUAUUUUUCUACAUGAAGUUAAUCAUUGUUUUAUUAAAUGUCAUUUAAUUAAACGAAAAAAACAAAGUCGUCUUAUUCAAAAUAGUAAUCCUGAAUUGAGUAAUCAAACAGGUUUCAAUUCCACUCAAAGACGAUUAUUAUCUGGAAAUACUUCAUUAAAAUCUCAAAAGACAACUAAUGUAUCAUUUAAUACUUUAACAAAUAAAUUAACUUUAAAUGAUGAAAAAUCAUAA